AGCCACGCAGUUCCUGGAAGCCAGCUGCUGCUGAGCAAACAGCCCCAGCGGGAUAGAGUGUCGCCAGGGGCGGGGACGAGCCUCAGCUUCUCCUCCCUCCGCCCCUCCCUCAGCCUGAAGCCCAGGUGGGCCACUGGCCAGGUGAGGCCCUGUGUGCCUUUCCUAGCCUAGCGCUACCCUCCUGAGGCCAGCCUUGCCCCAACCUGAAGCUGGGUCUCCACUGGGGGGCCACAUGGCCUAGUGAAUGACCAGCCAGGCUUCCCCAGAGGAGGCUAGGCCUCCAAGGCCCGGGCCAAAGAGCUUCCUGCUCACAGAGAUGAGGAAUGCAUCAGGGUUUCUGAAGACAGCUGGAGCCCCCCUUGUGUCAGCGACCUGGCUUCCGCCCAGCCCCCCUCCGGCAAUGCCCAUGGUGGCAGCCGGGCCACAGAUGGAGCGCGUGGACAACGGCUCGCAGGGGGCCCCCCAGCUCUUCCUCACCAGCGCAUUGGCCCGAGGCGUUUCAGGCGUAUUUGUAUGGACUGCUCUGCUGCUAACCGGCCACCAGAUCUACUCCCACCUGCGUUCCUACACCGUCCCGCGAGAGCAGCGCUUCGUCAUCCGCCUCCUGUUCAUUGUGCCCAUCUACGCCUUCGACUCAUGGCUCAGCCUCCUCCUCCUGGGGGGCCAUCCUUACUACGUCUACUUCGACUCUGUGCGAGACUGCUACGAAGCAUUUGUCAUCUACAGUUUCCUGACCUUGUGCUUCCAAUAUCUGGGGGGCGAGAGCGCCAUCAUGGCUGAGAUCAGAGGCAAACCUAUCAGGUCCAGCUGCUUCUAUGGGACCUGCUGCCUCCGUGGUAUGUCCUACUCCAUCACUUUCUUACGCUUCUGCAAACAGGCCACACUCCAGUUCUGCAUUGUGAAACCCGUUAUGGCGCUGAUCACCAUCAUCCUCCAGGCUUUUGACAAAUACCACGAUGGCGACUUCAAGGACCUCCUGAGACCAUUCGAGCCAGUACUCAAGUUCCUCACCAUCAAAGCCAUCAUCUUCCUCUCCUUCUGGCAAGGAAUGCUGUUGGCCAUCUUGGAGAGGUGUGGGGUCAUCCCUGAGGUCCAGGCCGUGGACGGCACCAGGGUUGGGGCUGGUACCCUAGCCGCUGGCUAUCAGAAUUUCCUCAUCUGUAUUGAGAUGCUGUUUGCCUCCCUUGCGCUGCGUUACGCCUUCCCCAGCCAGGUGUAUUCAGAAAAGAAGAACUCACCAGCCCCACCAGCUCCUAUGCAAAGCAUAUCCAGUGGCUUAAAGGAGACCAUCAGCCCACAGGACAUUGUCCAGGAUGCCAUUCACAACUUCUCACCAGCCUACCAGCAGUAUACACAGCAGUCUACACAUGAAGCCCCUGGGCCUGGCCAGGGUGGGCACCCAUCGCCCAGCACCCACCCUGGCCCAGCCUGUGGCUCUGGAGGUGGUAAGAAGAGUCGCAACAUAGAGAAACGCAUGCUGAUCCCCUCAGAGGACCUGUAGGGCGUGGGGUGUGUGGAGCCUAGCUGGGGUCCAGCUUGCCUAGGUUUCUAGGGUGGGCGAACAGGGUCCCCACCUACCAGCAUCUAUGGACAGAGGCCCAGCCUCUCCUGAGAGCCUCACUGUGGGACUCCCAGGGCCUCUCUAUUCCAUGUACAGCCCAGAGUGAAGUCACCUGGGCGAAUUGGACAAACCCAAGGACCCAGUGGGAUGUCUUAUUAACAGCCUGCAGGUGGAGCGGUGGGUUGGCCAUUCCUUCCGUGGACAGAAGAGACAGGUGGUUAAAUCUUAAGCCAUGCAGUGACAGACAGGGAUGACCAGGCAAGAUUGGGCCCAGUCACCAAAGGCUAGGGAGUCACGUAGCCAGGGCCUGGCUGUGGCUAUCUUGGGUGCGUGAAGAAGACCCCUUGCCCUUGCAUUUUAAUAUAGGUGUUUGGCGAAGCUCUUGCAGGGACAGCCUCGCCUAUUUAGUACAACAGAGUUGCCAGUGUGCCAGCCUGCCAGCUACUAGCUUCUUAUUUAUAGAUAAACACCUUGCAUUUUUCUAGACUUUUGUCGGGCCUUCUGUUCUUAUGGGGGCUUGAUUCUGAGUGACGAUGGGUCUCUCUCUACAUUGGUGGUUCACCGUGGCCUGUGGAGCGAGUCUGGGUAUCGGGAACAGCUAAGUCACACAUCAUGAUGUGGCUCAGAGCAGUACAUGGCAAAGAAGGUGGACUUUGCCACGAGAUGACCAGCUCUGUGACACAAUGGGAGCUGGGGCAGUCAGGUGACUCUCUGAACUUCAGGUUGGCCCCACCCUAAAGUGGUUUAUGAGUCCAUGGCACAACCUAGCGUGCCCCGUACAAGGACUCAAGGCUUCGAGCCCGCCUUCUCUCUUGCCUCUUCCUGUAUACCAGAUCCAGUGCCCAGGAAGUCUGAGAUAGGCUCAGUAUCCCUAGCUAGACUGGCCUUAGAAACACAGGGGACAAAGGCAGACCAGGCAAGCAGCUGGACAGAAAUGCCACCCACCCAGGAACAGUAUCCCUUGCCUAGCUGUCAGUUCCCACAGCCUUUAGGAAUAUCAGACAAAGGGGGUGGAGGGGGUGUUUCCCUGCCUUCUUAUUCUCAGGGCCCAGAGAUAGGAGGAGUCAAGGCCAUUGGCUUCUCCCUGACCCUUCUGGGCUGAUAAGAUAGACUCUAUUCCUUCCUGCACCUGCCUGUAAAAAGCCACCCACACCUACUUAUCUGCCUUCUGGGACUGGCAGGCACAGAGGGUGGCCCUCAGCCCACACAGUCAGCAGGGCUGGGAGGGGCUCUGUACUCCCAGAGACCUUCAUUCUUGAGCCCAUGGCAGGCUCUGUGCCUACCCGCUGGCCUUCAAAUAUGAGGAAUCUUACAACUUGGCCAGCAGGGGGCUGCCUUCCUCUGCCCUGGAGAGGCUAUAUGGCCAUGAACAAGCUAAACAGGUUCCUCUCCCACAAGCCCAGAUACAAAGUAGGGCCCUGGACAGUCAGUUGGCAUCACUAAAUACCCACACAUGCACCAGGAACCUCUGUACCCUGGCCCUGGGGAAGCUGUGCUAACCAAAGAAAUUAAACAAGUUGCCCAAGG